AUGGGCUCCAGCAUCUUCCCACUCUGCCUGACACUUGUGCUAUGUUCUGUCUAUGGUUCUCCAGUCUCUGUGGGACACCUCUCCAAUGAAGCAGAUGCUGGAGCUGGUGAGAUAUUCAAAGACAUUCCCCAGAUCAACUUGGCUGCUGGACUGGACCUCUUUCAGGGUGAUAUCUUGCUCCCUAAAAAUCAGCGAAAUGCCUUAAGAAAUGAGACCUACAGGUGGAAGUUCCCCGUUCCUUAUAUUCUGGGUGAUGACCUAGACCUGAAUGCCAAAGGAGUCAUUCUCCAGGCAUUUGAAAUGUUCCGCCUGAAGUCCUGCAUUGAUUUCAAGCCAUAUGAAGGAGAAAGAACCUACAUUUUCUUUAGCAAACAAAGCGGGUGUUGGUCCAUGGUGGGGGACCUGCAGACUGGACAGAACCUCUCAAUUGGGUCAGGGUGUGACUACAGAGCAAUUGUGGAACAUGAGAUCCUGCAUGCUUUAGGAUUUUACCAUGAGCAGUCGAGGACGGACCGGGAUGACUAUGUGAAUAUCUGGUGGGAUGAAAUUCUUGAAGGCAGAGAACACAAUUUUGCAAAGUAUGAUGACACCUAUAUCACUGAUCUGAACACCCCCUAUGACUACGAAUCAUUGAUGCACUAUGAACCAUUUUCAUUUAACAAAAAUGCAAGUGUCCCCACAAUCACAGCAAAGAUACCAGCGUUUGAUGACAUAAUUGGACAACGUCUAGACCUCAGUGCCAUUGACCUGGAAAGACUAAAUCGCAUGUACAACUGCACUUCAACUCACACCUUUUUGGACCAGUGUUCUUUUGAGCUUGAAAACAUCUGUGGUAUGAUCCAGGGCACCAACCAUGACCAAGACUGGGUCCACCAACAGGGCAGCAUGACGGGGCAGGAGGACCACACAUUUUCUGGGCAGUGUAGAGAUGCUGGCUACUUCAUGCACUUCAACACCAACUCUGGGCAGGCAGGUGAGGUGGCAAUCCUGGAGUCCCGAAUCCUUUAUCCAAAGAGAACUCAGCAGUGCCUCCAGUUCUUCUACAGGACCACUGGAAGCCCUUCUGACAAGCUGAUCAUCUGGCUUAAAGAGGAUGAUGGCACUGGGAACAUUCGCAAGAUGAGGAAAAUUCAAACCUUUCAAGCGGACAGUGACUCCAACUGGAAAAUUGCCCACGUAACCCUCAAUGCUCAGAAGAAGUUCCGUUACCUCUUCCAAGGACUGAAGGGCAACCCCAGCUCCUCCUUGGGUGGGAUUGCUAUUGAUGAUGUGACUCUGACAGAGAUGCCCUGUCCCACAGCUGUGUGGGUCAUUCGCAACUUCAGCAAAAUCCUUGAGAACUCAUCCAUCAGCCUUAUUGAAAGCCCUCGGUUUUACAGCCCUGAGGGUUAUGGGUUUGGCAUCAGCGUAUUGCCCAACUACCGAAACAGUGGCUAUGCUCGUGUUGCCUUCCACCUGUGCAGUGGAGAGAACGAUGCAGUCCUGGAGUGGCCGGCUCUGAACCGCCAGGCCACACUCACAGUGCUGGACCAGGACCCCGACGUGCUGAAAAGGAUGUCCUCGAGCAAAAGCUUCACCACAAGCAAGGACCAUGUCACAGAUAAUGCAACUAUAAUAUGGGAUAAACCAUCAAUUGCUGGAAGAUUUGAUGAGUCAUGCAAUUGCAACAGAAGUGUAGCCUGGGGGUGGAGUAACUUCAUAUCCCACAGCCAGCUGAGACGGAGAAGCUUCCUGAAAAAUGAUGACCUGAUUAUUUUUGCAGAAUUUAAUGAUAUAAUUCACCUCAAUAACACUGAAGUUCCUGUUGAACCUGUGCAAUCUGCUCGCAUGGAAGGCCUCGUUCUGGAAAGGCAGAAGAGAGCAGCCCAGGACAUGGAGCCCAUUCAGGACCGGCUGCCUUAUCUGCCAGACCCAUGUGACCCAAACCCUUGUCAGAAUGAUGGAGUCUGUGUGAAUGUGAAAGGAAAAGCAAGCUGCAGGUGCUCAUCAGGACAAGCCUUCUUCUUCACUGGUGAGAGGUGUCAGUCAAGGCAGGUCCACGGGAGCAUCCUGGGAAUGUCGAUUGGUGGAAUUGCUGGAACCAUUGUCUUAACUAUCGUCCUCAUUUCCAUGAUGGCUAGAAAAUAAAAAACUGCAUGGGGGACAAAUUUCAACCUGGUUCAUAAGAUACGCAUUUUCAGUGAAAAAUUAUGUAUAUAACUUGGAGAAAAGCAGUCAUCAUAUGGAUGAACAGCUCUGCCAACA